ACCAGAGGGAGGAGAGGAGGAAGACAGAGAUGAGAGCGCGAGUGAGAGACCAGAGAGUGAGAGGGGGUCACUACCGCAACACCGCUGCAGCCGCCGCCAUCGCCGUCGUGGAGGAGGGAGUCCGGAGGAGAGAGAGAGAAAAAGAUGAUUCGCAGAUGAGAUGGAGAGAGAGGACGAAGACGCGACGCGAGAGAGAAGGAGGUUGUUCCGCCGUGCACUGUCGUCGCUCCUGGGGUCAAUUGAAGCCGCCGCCGCUGCUAGGGCUUGCCGUGCUCCUGUCCUCACUUUCGGCUUCUACGAUUACUUCCUGUAUUUCAUCGGUGCCGUUUUCGACACCAAGGGUGCGGAUGCAAUUCUAUCUUUUGAAAAGUUCUGCUGCAAUCUCCCCAGACCUCUUCUUUAGGUUCUGGUUUCUAUUUGGAUUAGUUUUCUCAAUUCGAUUUCGAUCCAUCUGCUAAUUAAUUGGGUUGAUUAAUACCAGAUC